AUGUUUAAAAAAUUAGAUAAGUUUAAAGAAAAAAUUAGCUCUGGUGUUUCCAAUGUCACCGGAUCAAAAGAUAAAGAAGAAAUUACCUAUGUAAUUCAGCCAGCUGAUUGUGCACAAUUAGUAGGUGGAUUUGGAAUUGGUUUGGGGUUAAAUAAUGAAAAUCAAUUAUCACAACCAUCACCAAUUAAAGAAUGUAAACAACUAGUAUCAAUCCCAUCAACAUUUAAAUUAGAUAUUGCCAAUGUUUCACUUGGUAAUGAACAUUCAUUUUAUCAAACUAAGGAUGGUAAAUUUUUUUAUGCAGGAUCCAAUAAAGAAGGUCAAUUUGGUACUAUCAGUGCAAUUCAUGUUGAUUCAUUAACACAAUAUAAUAAUUCACAAAUUAAAUUUAAAAAGAUUAUUUGUGGACAAUAUCACACUGCAUUUAUUAGUGAUAAAGGUCAAAUCUAUACAGCUGGAAAAUCUGAUCUUUUAGGUAUUCGUUCAGAUGAAUCUAAAAAAACACCAACUCUCAUUCCAGCAUUAGCAGAUCAAAAAAUUGAACUUUAUGCAACUGGUCCAAGACAUUCAUUUGUAGUUACUAAAGAAGGUCAUUUAUAUGGUUGGGGUAAAAGUGACAAUUUAGGUGUUGGUAGCUUUGUUAAAGUUAAGAGAGUUACAACAAUUACACAUGAACCUACUAUUGUCGAUACCUGUGCUGCAUUUUUAUCAUUCAAAAUUGUACAAAUUGCAAUUGGUGAUGAUCAUACAUUAGCUCUUUGUAAUAAUGGAGAUGUUUAUGCAUGGGGUAGAGGCGAAGAAUUCCAAUUAGGUAAUAAAACAAAAGAAACAAGAGCAUCACCAAUUUUAGUAGAAUCAUUAAGAUCAUUAAAUAUUAUAAGUAUUCAAUGUGGAUCAUUUAAUUGUUCUGCAUUAACAGAUAAGAAAGAAUGUUAUAUUUGGGGUCAAUAUGGCGAAGAUUUAAUUGCUACACCACAACCUCUUUGUCCAGGUGGAUCAAGUCACCCAUUUAAAGUUCAAGAAAUCUCACAAAAUGGUUUUUAUAAUAUUUUCACAACCCUAGAUAGUGAUAUCUAUACAUUUGGUAUCGAUUAUAAAAUGUUUAAUAAAUCUGCUUGGUUACCACUUUUACUUAAAAUUGAUGACCCACUUUUAUUAAAUAAAAGAAUUACUCAAGUAUCAGCCUCAGCUGCAGGUUAUUACGUUAUUAUUUAUGAUGGAUCAACUACAUUAUAUGCUGAAAUUGACUAUUCAAAGAAAGGUAUGAAACCAACUAAAACUUUAUCACCAUUACCACAAUCACAAUAUGCCAAAGAUAAAGAAGCUUUAUUUGGUAAACCAUCAUCUUCAUCAUCAUCAUCAUCAACCAACACAACAAGAUCCAGUGGUGCUAGUCGUCCAAAGCGUGACGAUGAUGAUAGUGUUUUAUAA